GGUGCAGUACUCCUCCUCGGGGUUUUAUGAAUAGCUGCUGCUGCUGCUCGUGUAAGAGGCGGAGUUCUUCUGGUCCGUCGACGUGCAGGCAGGCUGGGAGCAUCACAGGACCAACAUCAUCCACCAUCCACCCUCACAAGGACAACAUCUCCCGAUCUCCCGGAAAAAAAGAAACACACACACACACACACACACACAGGGGGACAAUAGGGGGCAAUCGAAAACGGCAAGAUGCUGGCCUGUACAGAGAUGAUCACCAUGUGUCUUCAAUCUGCCAAACACGAGCACUUGAGAAAGCAGCAGGAGCUUGAUCACAACCAAAAUCAAAGCACCUCUCUUUUCCAGGAUAUAUUCCGCCGGGCAGACAAAAAUGAUGACGGGAAGCUGUCCUUGGAGGAGUUCCAGUCAUAUUUCACUGAUGGUAUCCUCACUGACGAGCAGAUGCAGGAGCUGUAUUACUCCAUCGACAGGAAGCAGACAGACAACCUGGACAUAGACAAACUCUCAGAGUACUUUAGUCCACACCUGGGAGAGUACGUUAACGUCCUGUCUGCUCUGGAAAAGCUGAAUGUGGCCAUUUUGAAGGCCAUGGAUAAAACUAAAGAGGAGUAUCAGGGCUCCUCAGUGCUCGGUCAGUUUGUGACACGCUUCCUGCUGAGGGAGACCUCCACUCAGCUGCAGUCCCUUCAGUCGUCACUGGACUGCGCUAUGGAGGCUGUUCAUGACCAGGGCUGCACAGGGAGGAGGAUAGUGAAGAAGCCCGAGGACCUGCCUAUCCAGAGGGUGGCCAAACGCCCCGGCAGACGCAUCCAGAAGAACAUGUGUCUCUCCCCUACAGACCCCUACUCUGGCAUGCUUACCACAGGGGUCAGUGUGGAGCCAGACAACCACUGGGGCUCCCAGAUCAACCAACUGGAGCAGCUCAUAGACAAGCUGGAGUGUGAGAGUCCACAUCUUGAACCUCUCAAAGAAGACACAUUGGCGGGGACAUAUAAAUCAAACAUCCUCCUGGUCCAAAGACAGAUGUCUGUGAAGGAAAGGGACGUGGAGCCAUUUCAACAAGCUCUAAAGAUCUACACAGAUGCCACCAGCAGCCAGCUAAACAACCUGCACGUUUCAGUCCAGAACCUGCCAGACAGAUCGUGUUUCAUCAUGUACGAAUUUUGGCAGGAUCGUCUCUCCUGGAUGAGCUACCUGCAGUCGUCCAUCAGUAAGACCUUCCAGCGCUGCAUUAUCGACUCACUGGAGGAGCCGGAGAUAGUCUCCACCAUGCUCCUCCCAGCUUCUUGGUGGAUUAUGAACAACAACUGACAGAUCAAAGCUGCUACUGUUCAGCACAAUAAAAGCAGGAGGAAGAGGAGCUUCUAUGAUCUUUUUUUCUUUUUGUUUUUUUUUGUUCUUUGAUAUCUUUUUCUUCAUGGCAUGACCAGGAUUGUUUUUGCAGAGCUAUGUUCCAAGGUCAUAAAAAAAGAAGACUAUCAACAGUGAAACAAACCUAAACCUUGGAUAGAAAGAAUUGAGGUAAUGCAAUAUUUUAUUGUGUGAUCACGAUCUGUGCGUUCAUUUCACAGUAUUGGCACAUUUCUUGCUUCUGAUUUAAUAGCAACAACAAAAAAAGAAAGAUUUGCAUGAUUUCUUAUUUCUGAGUUUAUCAAAACUGCAUCUUAGAGUAGAUAUAAUGUCAACGCCUCAAAAAUAGAAACACAUGAAUGACAACUGAUCUGUCCAUCCAUUACUCAUUCUUCAGUACAGACAGAAACAGAAAUAGUGGUAGGGUUAACCUGCAUUUCCCCUCGUUCUCUCUGUGGUAUUGUGCUUUGUUGUCUCCUUCAAAGCUUUGCUAACAAGUGUCUCUUUGCUGAUGGGUAAGGUAGAACAUAGUGAACUAAUAAUCAUGGUCCGGAUCUAAACUUUUAUCAUCCGUGUGUCACUCCUGCACUUUAGAAAAAAAUGAACCGUGGACCUAAUUGUGAAGAACGGAACAUUUAUUGUAGAUUGUCUAUUGAAAAUGUAGAUUUAACAGCUGUUAUAAAAAGCCAAGAGCUGCACUGAAGUGUAGUGAGACAUUAGCGGAUCAUAACAAUUAACCAAAUAAUUGUGCAGUUUGCCUGUACUGUUAUUCUAUAAGUAAAACGAAACUCAAAAGCCAUUUAUUUUACUUUUGUGGUGUGUAAUCAGAAGAGUUUAAUGGUACAGUACACACAAAUAGAAGUUUAUAUUUUGAGUACAGAAAUGAAGCAAAAACUGUUCUGUGUAAUGACAUUAGAAAGAAAGUUUGUUAUGAUGGUGUACAGUAGUUAAUGGAAGCUGUAAGGUGUAAGUAGACGUUGUAGAACAUUGGUAAAUGUACAGUAUGAUAAUAUAUUGAGCUUUGCUCUGAUAAUGAGAGGAAUGAAUGUGUUCACUCUUUUUUGAAGUGUUAAUUAUUUCUUUUAUGAAAAAUAUAAAGUUGUUAUGUGGAUGCUAUGUUUGUUUUCUGGCAUGAAAUAAAGUUCAUGACAUGUUGA